GGGUUCUCCCGUCAUAGAACCCUAACGCAUUAUAGGAGCCCUAAUUGGAGAUUGUCAACGCGACGCUGUGGUUUCAAACCUAAUCUGCAAGUCAUCGUCUUCCAGAUCCUGUUAUUCCGUGUCUCCCGCCUUUGUUGGGUUCGUUUUCUUAUUAUCAUGGCAACUAGACUUCAAUUUGAGAACUCCUGUGAAGUUGGGGUUUUCUCGAAGCUGACCAAUGCAUACUGUCUCGUUGCUAUUGGAGGUUCCGAAAGCUUUUACAGCACGUUUGAGGCUGAGUUGGCAGGUGUUAUCCCUGUAGUCAAAACCUCCAUUGGAGGCACUCGGAUCAUUGGACGGCUUUGUGCUGGAAACAAAAAAGGGCUUCUCCUGCCUCAUACCACUACUGACCAAGAACUUCAACACCUGAGAAACAGUCUUCCGGAUCAAGUGGUGGUCCAACGCAUUGAAGAGAGACUAUCUGCUCUUGGAAACUGCAUAGCUUGCAAUGACUAUGUUGCACUAGCUCACACUGAUCUCGACAGGGAAACUGAGGAGCUGAUUGCUGAUGUUCUUGGAGUGGAAGUUUUUAGGCAGACGAUCGCUGGUAACAUUCUAGUGGGUAGCUAUUGUGCCUUCUCAAAUAAAGGUGGCUUGGUCCAUCCUCAUACUUCCAUUGAAGAUUUAGAUGAACUUUCAACCCUUCUUCAGGUCCCUUUGGUGGCGGGGACCGUAAACCGUGGUAGCGAAGUGAUCGCUGCCGGCUUGACAGUGAAUGACUGGACGGCAUUCUGUGGGUCGGACACUACAGCAACAGAACUGUCUGUCAUUGAGAGUGUCCUCAAGUUGAGAGAAGCCCAACCUAGUGCCAUUGUUGAUGAAAUGAGGAAAUCAUUGAUUGACACCUAUGUUUGAGCCCUUGAAGUAGUUCUAAGAAUGGUCUUGUUCGUGUUUCUGAAGUACUUUGUCACAAGACGCAGUUUUCUGUUUGUUUCUGGGGUAUAAAUUAUUAGAGUGUAGUAUUCACCUAAUUAUAAGUUAUGAAUUAUUAAUUUUGAAUGAGCAUAAUUAUAAUGAUAUUGGUUCUGUUUUGUUCUUUA